UGUACUAGUUCAGGUUGGGGGCAGCUCCUUAGUUAUAUGUGCGGAUCGAUCGGAGUCGAAUACAUCUUCACACUGUAAUUCAAAUUAAGACUUUAGCUCAAAGGCGGUUUCAUGACGAAUUUUUAAAGGGUUUUAUUGCCUGUGUUUAUGAUGGUUCAUUCCAAGGUGAAGGGGUUUGGAACCCUGUUCCUAUCAUUCUACUCUGCCUUUGUGGUCUCAGUUAUCUUGAUGGGUCCAAUGCUGCCGUUGAUGAUUCUUGCCCCGCAGAUCUACCGUCGAGCCACAGAUCGCUGCAUUGGCAUGUGGAUGAUGCUCCCUGUGUCUUUACUGGAGGUGUUUUAUGGAUGUAACUUCAAGACCAUCGGUGACAAGCUGGUGCCGAAUGAGCGUAGCCUGCUCAUCCUGAACCAUCGGACCAGGAUAGAUUGGCUCUUCUUUAUCUCCUGCAUGAUGAGACAAACCAAUUCCUCUGACCUCAAGAUCAUCCUCAAGUCUCAGCUCAAGAAUGCACCAUGCAUUGGCUGGUCAAUGCAGGUUGCCUGCUUCAUCUUCCUGUCCCGUCAAUGGGCCAAAGACCGCAUCUGGAUGACUACUGUCCUCAAGUACUUCUCAGAGUUGCGCUACAACUUUCAACUCCUCCUGUUUCCCGAAGGCAUCAACUUUUGUCGGACAGGCCGAGAGAUCAGCGAUGCCUACGCCACCAAGAAUGACCUUCCCAAGUACAAGUAUGUUCUUCAUCCUCACACCACUGGUUUCUCUUUCACUUUGGACUACCUGAAGCAGAUGAAGAAGAUUGACACCGUCUACGAUGUGACAGUGGCAUACUGUGACGUCAUCCCGGAGAAGGGAGAGAUCGACUUCUUCAGAGGCAACGUGCCUCAGGAGAUGGAGUUCCUGAUCCACAAGUAUCCCGUCAGUGCUCUCCCCAACAACAAGGAAGACUUGGACAACUGGUGCGUUGAGAAGUGGAAGGAAAAGGAGGCCCGUCUGGAAAAGUUCUACACUGGCGCCAAGACUUUUGAGGGCCAGGAAGAUGGUAAACUAGAGAACCUCUCCACCCAGUGUCUCCCAAAGGUAUACUUUGUCAUCACUUUCUGGGUAACUCUCUUCUUUGGUACCCUCUAUGCUAUGUUCGUCUCCUCCUUUUUCUUUUGGAGUGUGGCGUUCAUUAUUACAGCCUAUGUCGUAAUGGGUAAGUACUUUGGUGGUGCUGAUAAUCUUGCUAUAUCUAGCUUUAAUUUUACUCAGGAUAUCACCCACAAAGCCAGGGCCACUUAAUGCAAACUCUCGCCAAAUAACCAUGUAAACUGCAGUCUUACAUUACCUAAGAUGGAUGCCAUGAAAUCUUAGACGUACAUGUGUACAUGUAAAGUGUGUCAAGUUGUAGUUCUUUAAAGCUGAUGUACAAUUUUUGGUAAGCCCUGGGAAGGAGAAAAAAAAAAGUCAGAUUUCUUUGAUUUUAGAUAAUAAAUAGGAAUAUACUUUCAAUACUAAGCUGCUGCAGAGGUUUUUCCUCCUUGAAUGACACAUUAAACAAAUGAGAGAUUCCAUCCUAAGGUGUAAAACCUACCAGGAUUGUGUGUAGAUGCUACCGUCUUCUCACACGCUGGCUCCAAUCAAAGCGCUGAGAUUGAUAUGCAAGGAGCCAUUGGGGUGGACAGGUCAUAGCAAAGGGGAGUCUAUAGCCGUUAUCUAGUAUCUAUAUUUACUUGGUUGUUAAGGCUUGAAGCAUCAGCUUAUGAGCCCAUCUUGACGAUCACAGCACUGGGAGGAUGGUGAUGCCAAUGCUUUUCAAGUUCACACUUAAAGUUGUUGGUGCUUGGACUGUCGAUUGGGGUAGCCCAUUCCAGUUGUUAUCAUGGAUCAAAUACCAAACCAUCUUGUACAUUAUGUCUUUUGAAACAAGGAUCAUUUAUACUCAUGUAGGUGUACAAUUUCCUUUUUGCUACUGAAACUGUACAUGAGCUUUAAUAUCAAAGCGUAGAAAACAGUCUUCCUUGAUACGAGGCUUCUAACUAGAGAUUGUAGACUAGAAGAUGAAACUUGAAGUAGGAUUUCAUUCCUGUGACAUGUUCUUUCAUUGUGAAAUCAUUCCAAGAUGAUAGGGCAGCAAGGACAUCGAGGAGAUGACCAAUGACAAAUAUGCUGAAAAGCAAAUCUAUUUUUGUAAGAGAAAAUUACACUAAUAUUCACUUUUACACAGGUACAUGUCAUGUACAAUGUACAUGUAGCUGUGUACUAUUUAACCUCUACAUUUUGUACAAAGAAUCUUAAAUUGCACUUUCAGAAUUUGGAAAAUUUGUAGCCACUUUUCUGCUGGAGGCUAAUACAUGUAAAUGAAGAAUUUCUGGAAGUAAAGUUGAAAUGAAUGCUUGAUAUACCAUUGGAUGUUAUAAAGAUAAUAUAUAUAUAAUGGCUGUAAAGUACAGGUGUACAAUUUGAUAUUUUAUUUUUUACUAUGAAGAAUUAUUAGUCCAAAAAGUUUAGGACAUGAAUACAUACGUGUACAUGUACAAUGUACGUGUACACUGUAUAACCAAUGAAAACAAAAAACAAAUUGGUGGAAAAUUUAUCCUAUCGGAAAGCUAUCAAGUUGGAUUUCCUUUUCAUUGUUCAGGACACUCUUAUUUUUGGCCUGAAAAAUUUCAAUAUGGUUAUGAAAAAUGUAGUACCUUAUAUUUACAUGUUGUAUGAUUAGAUGGCUGAAAUGCAUCACAUUAUUGUUGCAAUUCAUAGGAUGCUGUUGCCUAUGAUGAUUAUGAUGACAUUUUAUUGUCUGAUUCAUUCUGUAGAUAUGACUAUUCUGUCCAUGUUUAUGCAAUAUAUAUAAUUAUGCAAUAAAUAUAAUUUUAAGAUGUUAUAGGAUCAAAGAGAAUACAUUCAUAGAUAUACUGCCAAAUUUAUGAUUUAGAUAUUACACCUUACACAUUUUAUUUUUUUAAUUUUUCAGCAGAAAAUUGUUUUGAGGUCUUGAAAAGGUUUAGAUUGCAGCUUUAGCUCAAUUUCACAACUUUUGGAGCAAUAUUGCACUUGAGAUAUGAUAAUUGCUCUUGUUAUUUUAUUUUGAGGUCUUGAAUAAGUUCACACUUGCAGUGCAGUUAUUUUACCAAUUCGGAGCAACAUUGGACUGUAGAUUGAUAACUGUUCAUGAUUUAUAACUCCAUUUAGAAUUUUGUGUUUUGGUGUAAUAAAUAUCUACAGUAGAUUGGAGUUUUUGAACGGGAAUCUCCCAGAAAACUGACUGUCUACAAAGACCGACAGCAGUCUCAUAAAACCCCAAGAACACAUCAGUAGGCCCACAAGUCAGACAUGUUGGUAUCAUGGGCCACCAGCCUCAUUUAAGUUUUCAGAAGGCCUGUGGGACCGACAUCGUCAUCUUUGUAGGCUGUCGGUCUCAUGGGCUUUUGGUCUCUGGGUCCUAGCUGUUUGAACAGAAGUAAUAUCAGGAGUGAAACCUCUGAAGAAGUGACCUUACCAUGUAUAUAGUGAAGUUUGAAAGGUCGGGGAACCUUUGGGGUUUGAAGUAGCUAGUUUGGAGGGUUUGACCCCUUCUUUAUA